CGGAGCGCAAUUCAAAGGCUUUGUUACUUUUUCGCGUGUUAUUUCUCAAUUCUUUUUUUAGUCCACAGGCGACUUUUUAAUAGGUCUCUCGACGAUAGUAUUAAAUAUUUAGUUCUAUUCUUACAUAGAAUAUAAUUUUUACGGUUAAAAUUAUCCGUUAUAGAUAGUGUCCAUCUAAGUGCUACUGUUAUAGCAUCUUCGCAUUUAGAGUAUUUUUAUAGGGUAUCUUAAUAUCCUAUCUCAAUAUUUUUAUUCGUCUAAACUGUUAAUUCCAUACAGAACUAGACAGUUUAAAUCCCCAACACUCUAAAACGGACCUUACAGACACAUUGCUCAUUCUCUUAUAAUUAAGAAUUUUAACUUAGUACUAAAUGCCAAUGGUCCAAACUAAGCGUCUAACUCCACUGUCUGCUUCACAUCCCAGUAAAAAAAUCAAACCAAACAGAAUAAGUAGCCCUGCAGGAAGUGAGAGCACUACAUCUGUUGAUUUAACAACUACAUAUACGUCUGCUGCGGUAGACACGUCAAGUCCGGACAUUAAACUCCCCUCACUUGCUUGCGUAGUAAACAACAUCAUGGAUGGUAUACACAGUGAUACUACAUGUAAUGAUCUAGGCCUCGUAGACACCUGCAAAACGUCUUGCGAUAAGAAUCACACAGCAAACAUUCUUACUCCCAUCACUAAUCCAGUUUUUUGUUCUACACUUAGUUGUGAAGAUAAAUUCGAAGAACUAUUUUCUAUAAUUAGGGGGCUUGAAGUUAAGAUGUCAAAACUGGCACUGCCUAGUGAAACUGGCAGUAGUAGUACUUCACCUAGAAAGUUACCACAAACUGCAAACCUUAUAAACUACGUUGCAACUGAAGUAUAUCAACGUGUAGUGCGCGAGAAGAACAUAAUUGUGUAUAAUAUACCGGAUAAUGCACAGAUCAACAAGGUCAAAAACACUCUUUUAAAUGCAUGCUCUAUGAAUAACGUCCCAUGCAGCUGCCAUCGACUAAAAAAGUCUCAGAAGAACAAAUCUUGCCCACUUGUGUUGAAAUUUGACUCGUCCUCCAAUGCUGACAUCUUUUACAGUAGGCAAACCCUACUAAAAAAUACGCGUUACCACACGAUCAAGUUAGCUCGUGACAAAACGCCGAUCCAAAGAAUGACUUAUAUGACCGAUGCUAAAACUGUGAAUCCCAAAUCCUCUACAACACCCCUGAGCACCCACAAUUCCGUAGAGGCAGAGCAAAAGGGUGUGAACCUUUCUGUACAAAGCACAUCGUAUUCGGAAACGAACUUCCGUGGAAAUAUGAGAUCCAAAAAUGGAUCGAUGUAUAACCACAGACUAAGAAGGAAAUCCACCGUGGAUCUAGACUCCUCUGAUAACGAUCCCUGUACCCCGGUGACAAACUGCGGUACAUCACACCCAGUAUUCCCCAAUCCAAGCAGCCUCAAUUCCAGGAAGUUGAAAAGCGGGGCUACCAGUUCGUCCACAAAGACAGUGCAUAAUAAGAGACUAUUGCCACACACUAAUUCAGAUACUCACAGUUUGAUAACACACCUCUCUCCAGAACCAAAUACUCACAAAGCCGAAAGGGUUAUAAACCGUAAAACGCAGCCCGAACCUCGUAGCUACUUGUCCAAAAAAGUAAACCCUCCCACCACUUUAAACCGAAAGAUUGAUACACCUAACUAUAGGACGUCGAAUAGUGGUGAAGUAAAUCGCAAAAAUUCGAGUCAGUUUAGCUUGCUUGGUAGGCCACCUCCACCUAUUUACAUGCCCAUACUCAACGGGACUGACCAUCCAACGAUCAGCAAUUUCGCUGAAACGACAUUACCAUUUUUUAUUCAGGUUCACAACAUGACCUCAAACAUACUACAAAUGCUCACCACUCUCCACAGGUUUCGCCCCCCAAUAUAGAUAUGACAGCUCAUACAGCAAUACCUAAUUACUGCCUAGAGCUCACUUUACAUGACUCAGACAAUUCUCUUCUUCGUCAAAAACCCUCUAUAUCCUUUUCUUCUGAUAGCCAAUCUUCUUUACAUCCGAACUUACUUGAACUCGGAAAUACAACUGACCCUCUCUGGACUUCUAGCUUUCCUAGGGCAUCUACAGACAUAGAUAUUUCAUUGUCGUCUGAGGACACUAUGAUUGAAUCUCAUCACCAGCUACUUCAAGACAUGGCUAAAAUCUUAAGAUAUGACUCGGUUAAUCCUAACAUAGUCCUUAUUAAUGCCAGGUCAGCUGUAAACAAAAUGGCGUACGUCCAAUCCCUACUACUGAUUAGCCAACCUACAGCACUAAUGAUCACUGAAGCUUGGUGCACAAGCGAAAUAAAUGAUGAUUUCUUUCACUGCGAAGGUUACUCAUUUUUCAGGAAGAACAGAUCAGUUGGGAGGGGUGGAGGAUGCAUUAUCUAUGUUAAAUCUGACUGCAGAGCUGUGCACUAUGAUGACCCCAACCUGGAUAUAUGUGAUACAUUAUGGGUGACACUCUACAUAAAUAAACAGCAAACCCUAUUAUUAGGUUGCAUUUAUCGCCCACCCAACCACGACAGUGAACUGCUAAGCCAGAUAACUGCAGCCUUCCAUUACACUUCGAAAUUGAACUUUACUUAUAAAGUGAUUGGAGGUGAUUUCAAUAUGCCAGAAGUUUCAUGGGAGCCCAUCAGUGCUCCUCCCCGCUACAGCAAAUUCUUAGAUGCAGUUGAUUUAUGUGGGUGGACACAAAGUAUUCUAAGGCCCACCCGAAACCAAAAUAUACUGGACUUGGUUUUCUUGAAAGACAUCGCCUUAUCUACCAUAGACAUCAGCCGACCAUUCCCUGGUAGUGACCACAACACAGUAAUCUGCGCCCUUGAUACCAAGCUUCACUCAUCAAAACGCUCUACCCUGCGCAAGACAUUCAUGUGCUUCGGAAAAGCUAGGUGGGACGUAUCUAACUCCUUCAUUAGAAGCUUAGACUGGGAUCUUUUCUUUUCUAAUAGCAACCUAGACACUGUCCUACUAGCCUUUUACCAGAAUGUAUCUAUUUGCUUUGAUAAUCUCGUUCCUAAAUGUAAAGAAAACCCAAGAGAAAACAUAAAGAAUUUCAUUCCUAUAAAAGUAAAGGCUAAGCUGCGAAAGCUGUACCGACAGUACCACAGAGAAAACGACUUCUCAUGCCUUCUAAAUAUACAGAACAUUUAUCUAGCUUUGAAAGAAAAUAACGACAAAGCCCUACUCAGACAAGAACAUGCAGCUCUUAAAGAUAGCUCUAAAUACACUGCAAUCUGUAGGCUUUAUCGCAAAAGGCUAAACUCCCGUAAAACGGAUAUACAAUUCAUUUUAGAAAAUGGCGAAACCACUAGUGACUCUAAAAUAAUUUGUGAGCUUCUAAACUCCCAUUUCUCACAGUCAUAUACCUAUGAUGAUAAUACGUUGCCACAACCUCUAUUCCCUGUACGUUCACAAAAAACCUUAGAAAUUAUCAGCUUUUCUUUAGAUAAUAUUAAGAAAGCAAUCACUUCUCUUAAAAGUUCAAACAACCCAGGUCCUGAUAUGGUUCCCUCAACUUUUUUAAAAUACGGUGGUGAAGACAUUCCUAUUCUCCUUCUUAAAUUGUUCUCUACCUCUCUAUCAACUGGAACAUAUCCAGAUGCAUGGAAAACCACGCACAUUACCCCUAGGUAUAAGUCAGGCUCCCGUUCAAGUGUCAUGAGUUACAGACCCAUUAACCUAACUUCUGUUAUUUCAAGGGUUCUGGAAAAGAUCGUGAAAAGUGCCAUUUUUGACUUCCUCUCUCAAGAGAAACUUAUCACUCCUUAUCAACACGGUUUCAUGAAGUCACGUUCUUGUACGACAUGCCACUUACAAUUUUUCGACCACAUCUCACAACUUAAAGAUUCCAGUAUGAUCACAGUUGUCGUAUACUUAGAUCUUAGUAAAGCCUUUGACACUGUAAGCCACCGACUGUUAAUAUCAAAAGUCCAGUCCUAUGGGAUACAGGGUUCAUUGUUAAGCUGGCUCAGUUCGUUUCUAAGCAACCGGAUGCAGAUGGUCAGGUUAGGUUCCCACACAUCCAACCCCGUUCGGAUAACAAGUGGAGUUAUACAAGGUAGUGUCCUAGGUCCACUGCUAUUCCUGUUAUAUUUCAAUGACAUUUGCGACGUUAUUAAACAUGGCAGACCUUUCCUAUUCGCCGAUGACAUCAAAAUAGUGUAUCACUCACUCAGAAAUGAAGUGUCAUGUGUAUUUAGUAGGAUUCAAGAUGAUAUUGAGAGCGUCCAAUUAUGGUGUAACACAUGGAAAAUGAAGUUUAACGUUGAAAAAUGUGGUGUGCUAUGCUCCAAAAGCAUUUCAUCUGAACUUUCCAUCUCCCUACACAACAAACAUAUUCCUCGUCUGCCGCUUACAACAGACUUGGGUCUGAAAUACACUCCAGAAUUUAGCCUGGCUGAAUACGUUAAAUUACAAGUAUCAAAGGUCAAAAGGCUCUUUGGAUUUUUAUUCCGAAACUUUAAGACCAGUGAAUCCAAAAUAAUGCUGUACAAGUUGUGCGUAAGGCCCUUACUUGAAUUUUGUCCCCCUAUCAUGGACAGUGUCUCCGUAAAAGACAGAUGCAAAUUAGAAAGUCUACAAAGGGCGUUUACUAAACGUCUAGUAGGUGAUAAUCUUUGCAUCUCUUACUAUGACAGAUGUAAUCUAUUCGACUUGGAACCCUUAUGGGUUAGACGACUGAAGUUCAACCUAAAAAUUACAUUUAGGAUUGCCAAAGGGCUUAUAUAUUUCCCCCACAAUGACUUUACUUUCAGUUCACCUAAGAAAUAUAACCUGAGAAAUAAAUCUUCUUCUUUUAAAGUUCCCCGCUGUCAUACAAAAUACAGAUCAAACUCUUUCACUGUGAGAUACCGUUGCAUUUGGAACCGUCUUCCAACUGAAAUUAGAGACAGUCCUACCCCAAAAACUUUCUCAUCUUUGCUGAACAAAUAUUUCAUUAACAACGGGUUAGAAGGGGUAUGUGACAAACUAAAAAUUAGAGAUCUAAUACGGCACUCCUCUGAUCCUCACUGUUAGCUCCUGAAAUCUGUAAACCCUAUGUGUGACAGUCACUUUCACUAUGAUUGCUUUCACAACCCUAGACACCUAUUCUUAAUCAGCCUUAAAUUUUAAACUUUUUUUUAAUUUCCUUCAAAUAUUUUUGCAUAUAUCCCUGAUAAUAUUGUAUUAUGAGUAUUUCAGUAUGCUAAGGUUCAAUCUCAAAUUCCAGAUGCAAAUCAACUGAAGACGACUGGUAUUAAAAUAUCUCCAGAGCCUGCCUAGUGCUAUACGUCUAGCUCUACGCAAAUUAAGGCCAAAAUGGUAGUUGUCUAAAUAUUCAAAUAAACGGUGAAUUUUCUUAUCCUAUUAUUCUAUAACUAUAAUCUUCUCUGUUCAACUUUUCUUGAACAACAUAUUAUAACUUAUCACUGGUUAUUUGCUCAAUGCUGCACGAUUACUCCCUGAUUUUCUAAACUACAUUUGUUUAUAUCUAAAAUGAAUCUUAUCUUACUAUUCUAUUACUAUAAUCCUGUAUGUUCAAAUUUUCUAGAACAACAUAUUAUAACUUACCACUGCUUAUUUGCUCAAUGCUGCACGAUUACUCCCUGAUUUUCUAAACUACAUUUGUUUAUAUCUAAAAUGAAUCUUAUCUUACUAUUCUAUUACUAUAAUCCUGUAUGUUCAAAUUUUCUAGAACAACAUAUUAUAACUUAUCACUGGUUAUUUGCUCAAUGCUGCACGAUUACUCCCUGAUUUUCUAAACUACAUUUGUUUAUAUCUAAAAUGAAUCUUAUCUUACUAUUCUAUUACUAUAAUCCUGUA